AUGGGUAUCUGUGCCUCCUGCCUCGGCGGGAAUCGCCACGACUCUCCUGAGCCUGAAUCUGAACGUCUACUCGAUGAUGAUCCUUAUCAGGCCGGGUAUGGCUACGGAGCACUCAACCAUGCUCAUCAGGCUAGCCAGCCAGAUUCGGAAUAUGUGAGGCGUGAGAGGGAGGCGCUGGAAUCAAUCUGCCAGCGGACAUCUGACUCUGUCAUCGAUAUCUGGUCCAUCCAACCACAACCACACCUUCGACCCCAAGCAACUCUCCACACCCCUAUCUCUGCAUCUCCCGUCCCAUCACAAAGGACCGAUACAACAACACCUGUGGUAUCUACGCACCAUACAUCACCGCCAAGCCGUCCCACCUCUGGCUCGUCAGGCACCGUCCCGAAACACUGGGGUGAAGUUGUCGUGAACCCGAACAAGAAACGAUCUCGUACCAAUAUCAAAACGGAUUCCAAAGCCAGCCAUGAUGUUUUUGGGGUUCUCAACGUCACCUAA